AUGGGGCAGGAUCUCAGCCCCCUACUCUCCCUGGUUAUCUCGUUCCUGGGUCUCUUAUCUGGAGGUGUGCACACCACCCCAUUGCCUGAGGCCCAGCCCAAAACCCCCUGCUCCCUGGAGGGGAUAGAGAUCAAAGGGGGCUCCUUCCAACUCCUCCAGGAGGGCCAGGCGCUGGAGUACCUGUGUCCCUCUGGCUUCUACCCUUACCCUGUGCAGUUAAGAGUCUGCAAAGCCUCAGGGUCCUGGAGUGCACUGAAAACGCGAGAGGAAAAGAUUGUCAAGACAGCAGAGUGCAGAGCAAUUCGCUGCCCAAGACCACAGGACUUCGAGAACGGGUCAUUCUGGCCCCGGGCUCCCUAUUACAACUUAAGUGAUGAACUCUCUUUCCAAUGCUAUGAUGGGUAUACCCUUCGGGGCUCUGCCAACCGUACCUGCCAAGUGACUGGACGAUGGGAUGGACAAACAGCUAUCUGUGACAAUGGAGCGGGAUACUGCCCCAACCCAGGCAUUCCCAUUGGCACAAGAAAAGUGGGCAGCCAGUAUCGACUUGGAGACACCAUCACCUACCAGUGCAACCGCGGGCUAGUCUUGCGAGGCUCCCAGCAGCGCAAGUGCCUGGAAGGUGGCUCCUGGAGUGGAACUGAGCCUUCCUGCCAAGACUCCUUCAUGUAUGAUUCUCCUGAAGAGGUGGCCGAAGCUUUCCUGUCUUCCCUCACUGAGGCCAUAGAAGGAGCUGAUGCUGAGGAUGGGCACAGCCCAGGAGAACAACAGAAGCGGAGGAUUGUGUUAGACCCCUCGGGCUCCAUGAACAUCUACCUGGUGUUGGAUAGCUCUGACAGCAUUGGAGCCAAAAACUUCUCAGGGGCCAAGAGAUGUCUCAGCAGUCUUAUUGAGAAGGUGGCCAGCUAUGGGGUAAAGCCGAAAUACGGUCUUGUGACAUACGCAACAUACCCCAAUACUUUGAUCAGAGUGUCACAGCCAGAGAGCAGUGAUGCAGAGUGGGUCAAGGAGCAGCUCGACAAAAUCAGCUAUAAAGACCACAAGCUGAAGGCAGGGACCAACACCAAGAGGGCCCUCCAGGCAGUGUUUAAUAUGAUGAGCUUUCCAGGGGAUGUUCCCCCUCCAGGGUGGAACCGAACCCGCCACGUCAUCAUCCUCAUGACUGACGGUCUGCAUAACAUGGGCGGGAACCCAGUCUCAGUCAUUGAUGAGAUCCGGGCCUUACUGAACAUUGGUACAAACAUCAAAAACCCAAGGGAGGAUUAUCUGGAUGUCUAUGUAUUUGGGAUUGGCCCCUUGGUGGACCAAGCAAACAUCAAUGCUUUGGCUUCCAAGAAGGAUAAAGAGCAGCAUGUGUUCAAGGUCAAGGAUAUGGAACACCUGGAGGAUGUUUUUUACCAAAUGAUUGAUGAAAGUCAGUCUCUGGGUCUCUGUGGCAUGGUCUGGGAGCACAAGGAAGCUACGGACUCCCACAAGCAACCUUGGCAUGCUAAGAUCUCAAUCAUUCGCCCUGGAAAGGGACUUGAGACUUGUAUGGGAGCUAUAGUGUCUGAGUACUUUGUACUGACAGCUGCACACUGCUUCACUGUGGAGGAUGAGCCACAUUCCAUCAAGGUCAGCGUGGCUAAGGAUGCAGGAAGGAAGCAGGAAUUUGAGAUAGAUGUUGUUCUAUUCCAUCCCAACUACAACAUCAAUGGAAAAAAAGCAGAAGGAAUUCCUGAAUUUUAUGACUAUGAUGUGGCCCUGAUAAAGCUUAAGAAAAAGCUGAAGUACAGCCAGACUCUUAGACCCAUCUGCCUGCCCUGCACUGAGGGAACAACUCGCGCUCUGAGGCUCCCUCUAUCAGCCACUUGCCAGCAACACAAGGAAGUGUUGCUCCCUGCGAAGGAUGUCAAAGGUCUGUUUGUAACUGAGGAUGGGUACAAGAAGCAGCUGGUUCGGAAGGAGGUCUACAUUAAGAAUGGAGAAAAGAAAGCCAGUUGUGAGAAAGAUGCUCUAAAGGCCAAAGGUUACAGCAACGUUGAGGACGUCUCUGAAGUGGUCACUCCUAGGUUCCUUUGCACUGGAGGGGUAGAUCCCUAUGCUGACCCAAACACUUGCAAAGGUGAUUCUGGUGGCCCUCUGAUUAUUCACAAGAAGAGUCGCUUCAUUCAAGUUGGUGUGAUCAGCUGGGGUGUAGUGGAUGUCUGCCCAAACCGGCAGCGAAGCCAGCAACAGCAGACACCUGGUUAUGCCCGAGACUUUCACAUCAACAUCUUCCAAGUGAUGCCCUGGCUCAAAGAGAAACUCAAAGAUGAGGACCUGGGUUUUCUAUAA